AUGUCGAGACAACAACACAACGCGGUUCUCCUUCCCGCCGCCGGUGUAGCGCUCAAGGUCGGCCAACGCGCCACACCCACGCCUGGCCCCGGCCAAGUCCUCGUGCGCAACCAAUCCGUAGGAUUCAAUCCCGUCGACGUCUUCAUGACCAAGACCGGCUUCCAAGUCGGUUCGUACGGCUAUCCAGCUGUCAUAGGGGCCGACGGUGCUGGUACGAUCGCCGAGCUCGGCGAGGGUGUGACGGGGUGGAAGAUUGGCGACAGAGUACUAUACCAGUCUGCCUUUGAUCCCGACCGUGGGACGUUCCAAGAGCUCACAAUCGCGGACGCGGAGCGCGUGGCGGGUAUCCCGAAGAACUUGUCGUACGAGGAGGCGGCUACGGUGCCGCUUACGCUUGCCACGGCUGCCAUCGGCGCGUAUCAGGCCAAGUCGGACGUCUUGAGGCCCGACGGGCAAGAUGUCGGGGGAGCGGGGCUCACGCCGCCGUGGGAGGAGGGUGGACGAGGGAAGUACGAAGGGAAGGUUGCGCUGGUCAUUGGAGGGUCGAGCUCAGUAGGCCAGUAUGCGAUUCAGCUAGCGAAGCUCUCAGGCUUCUCCACUAUCAUCACCACCGCAUCCAAGCACAACGAAGCCUAUUGCAAGAGCGCUGGAGCGACGCACGUUAUCGACUACCACAUCGUACCUUACGCAGAGCUUUCCGCAGAAGUGAAAGCAAUUGUAGGAGACAAACCGCUCACGUACAUCUACGAUGCGAUAUCCAGCGCCGAGUCCCAAAAGGCUAGUUGGGAGGCUUUAUCGCCUGGUGGGGCUCUGGUUGUCGUCCUCCCAGCUUCAACAGACAUCGGCAAACCCGGGAAGGACGAUGAGAACGGGAGACGCGUCGUAGCGGUAUUUGGUACCGUCAACGAUCCUGAGAACUGGGCCUUUGGAAAGAAGUUGUAUGGCGCGCUUCCUGGCUUGCUGGAGAAGGGCGAGCUGAGGCCACACAAGAUCGAGAACGUCGGAAAGGGACUCGAAGCUGUUCUGAAGGGUGUUGAAAGGCUUGAGAAGGGGAUUAGUGGUGUCAAGCUUGUGGCAUCCCUCUAG